AUGUCCCUCCGCCUCGUCCUCCCGCGCGCCCUGCGGCGCACCCUCCUCGCCUCCGCCGGCCGCCCCCUCAUCGCGCCCAUCCCACCGGCACCACGGAUCCUCGCCUCCCUCCCGCGCUGGAACAGCACCGCGAGCACCGCCGCCACUACACCCACACCCUCGCCCUCGCCUACAUCCACGGAAACAUCCACGGAAACGGAAACGGAAACGGAAACUCCCAAAGAAGCCCCACCAAGCUACCAGCUGACGUUCACGUGCCGCCCGUGCCGGACGCGCAGCACGCACGCGGUGUCGAAGCAGGCGUACCAUCGCGGCUCGGUGCUCGUGCAGUGUCCCGGGUGCAAGAAUCGGCAUGUUAUUACUGAUCAUCUUAAGAUUUUUGGUGAGCAGCAGAGGACGCUGGAGGAUAUUCUUAAGGAGGCCGGGAACGGUGAGGUGCUGAAGAGGGCACGCAUGCUGGAUAAUGGCGAUAUCGAGUUGUUGCCGCCUGACGAGGCGGUGGCGGAGGGGGAGGAGGGGGGGCAGAAGAUGAUUGUAUAGACUAUGGACUAUAGAGGGGCACGGGAGGGCGGGUUUGUAUGUAUGAAGUAAGUGUGUGUGUGUGUGUAAUAUCAUAUAUUUCUAUCCCAUCUCAUGUAUCUAUCCCGUUCAUCCAGCUCUUGUUCUUCUAUAUAUGGUACAAAAAACAUAGCAUCGUAUCGUACAAUCCGCAUCCCACCCAGUGCCCACCCAUCCACGCCCGCUCCCGCUCCCAAAAAACCGACCAAAACGCCUCUAGGUAAUUACGUCCGCGUGCUCAACGCAGCCUUGACCCGCUUCUUCAAACCGUCCAUCUUCGACGUGGACCCGGAGCUGUAGUAAUCGCCAUAGCCCACGUCACGCACACGCUCGCUGCUCCUGUCUUUCGCCGCGUGCGUAUUACCGGCGGACCGUCGCAUCUCGAACUCGUUGGGCCUGCCGCCGCUGCUUGCUGAAC